UGUUUGAAUCUAUGUGUUUGAAUGAAUCCGUCCAUCCAUCCACCAUGCACUGGUCCGUUCAGCGGUGUCGACAUAUCCGUGUGUGUCCAUACCAUAUGAGUGUUCCCAUGCACCCACCCACCCGCCCAUCCAUCCGACAAGCCGUAUCACGUGAUGUCUUGUCAUGUCUUCUCCGUGUGUGUUCUCCGUGUGUGUGUGGCUGCCCACCCGUCAGACAGUCGGCCGCUCGCCUGUUGGAGCAUACAACCACAUGACCGGUCGGCGGACACAAACAACACACCCACAACACACAACACACGUGCACGAAGGCGAGCCAGCUGAAGGUAAACACUUGCCUGCCUCGCUACACGAACGCUCCCAUGGGCGACGUCAUUCCAUCGACCCACACCCACACGUAUGCAGCCGUCAUCCCUGUGGGCCCAUCACGUCUUUGUGGGCAAACGGACAGCACGACGGUCGAUGCUGCACACGUGUACGCAUACAUGUAGUAUGAGACGAUCGAUCAGUGAAGCAGUCAGAUAGGUACAGACGUACGUACGUAUGUAUGUGUCUUACGGGCCACGAAGCCCAAAAUAACGCCCACCAGUCACGUCAAACUCACUACGGUCCAAAUUACAUAUCAGGGCAGCCACACACACGCUCUCACUCACUCAGUCAUGCGCUCCCCCUCCCCCCCGGUGUCCCCCCAUGUGUGGAUGCACAACCAAUCAAAGACAGGCAAGCGAGACAGUGAGUCGCUUAAUUGCGGUUUCGGCUGGCAAUGACGUUCGUCUCCAGGGUGAGGCAGUCCGCGCGUGCCUGAGCAGCGGCGGGGCUGCGGAGGUGGGCGUCAGUGGACUUGACGUCGAUGCAGGCCUGCAGCUGCAGCUCGAUGGCCUUGGCCUCGUCGCCGUGCUCCUCGGCCCACUUCUCGUCACACCAGUCCCACAGGCACGACUGAGAUAGGGAGAAAGUGACAACACAGCACAGCACAGCACAGACACACCAUGGCAACUCUGUGUGUCCCUCUGUCUGUCUAUCUGUCUGCCCAUGUGCUGUCCGUACGUGUGUCCAGCAGAGGACGUCGAACGGAUGGCAAGACCAGCAGCAGUGCUUGUCAUCAUCCGGCUUGGCUGCAGUCAAUCAGUCAACGGGUAACAACACGCACCCAAUACAUGCGUGUGUGUGUGUGUGCGGUGUGCGUACGAGUGGGGGUCGUCUUGGGCGGGGGAGUGGUCUUCUCCAUGUGGCGCUUGUCGGGCAGGCAGGCAGAGAAGGAGCACUCAUGCUUCCAGCACUCGUGGUCAACUGCGUGACGCAUCAACCAAACCACAUCAGUGCGUGUGCGCGCGUGCGCGUGUGCGGGGAAGAGGUGGUGCUUGCUUACGGAUGUGGCAGUGGAGGCAGCACUUGCCGUCCCUGUCGUAAGGGUACUUGGGUCUCUCUGCACACACACACACACACACACACACACACGCACAGACAGACAGGCAGGCAGGCAGGCAGGCAGACAGGGAGCAUACCACAGCACACACACACCACACACAUCACAUGAGACAUGUCUCAUGCCUUCUUCCCCUCCCUCCCUCCCUCCCUCCCCGUUCCUACUGGUCGGCUUGGGCGUCGUGGUGGGCUCCGGUGUGGUCGUCUCGUUGUCACCGUCAGUGCCGUCAGUGCCGUCAGCGCCGUCAGCGCCGUCAGCGCCGUCAGCGCCGUCAGCGCCGUCAGCGCCGUCAGCGCCGUCAGCGCCGUCAGUCCCGUCAGCGCCGUCAGUGCCGUCAGUGCCGUCAACUGGCUCGGGUUCAUUCUGGAGCCGACGUGGCACUUCCUGUGCCGCCGCCAAGGCGAGCAGGCCGAUAAGGGCAAGAGCGAAGAGGGUCCUCAUCGUGGUGACGAUGCUGGCGGGGG